AUGAAUAGGAAUCUUCAUUCUUCGACGGCCUUGACCGAAUUUGCCAGAGACUUCGAUGAAGAACCGGAAACCAUGUUUUCCAAGUUUGUGACUAAAUUUACGACUGGCAUUUACAACAGUGGUAGCAGCACAUCAAAUCUUGUUAAAACAGAAGAUAAAAUAGUCAAGAGUGAUAUUAGUGGCGAAAUAACAUUUAAAGUGGAACAAGCAGAUACCAGCGCAGACAAUGUCCAAUCUUUGGACAAUGCUUCCAGUCAGUUAAGCAACAAUUUGUCAACGUCGUCCGAAGAGUCUCAGUCGGAUAUUAUAGUAUCUCGAGGGAGAACCUCCAUCAACGUUUUGAAACGGCUGAUAAAUUUGGUGUCGCAAAAACCAACUAAUUACAAACACUACAAACACACAGACCUUCAAAAGCUAUGGAUGCCGGACUCCACAUCAAUUGAGUGCUACGAUUGUUCAGCAAAAUUUUCUACAUUCCGCAGAAAGCAUCAUUGUCGCUUAUGUGGUCAAAUAUUUUGCACAAAAUGUUGCAACCAAGUUGUCCCUGGUAAAAUUAUCAACUGCACAGGAGACCUGAAGGUAUGCACAUAUUGUUCAAAAGUGGUGCUAUCUUACUUAAAAUCAUCGAAUAUUGCUGCUGAUCUAAAGUCUGAUCUUCGAGCGUUGCAAGAAGACCUUUCCAACAAGCUAUCGACAGGCGCAGCCUCAUCUCAUAGCGAUGGCGAUCCUAGUCUCGUUAAUGUUCAACGUCGUAAAAUUUCCGUUGGUUACCAAGAAGAACGAUUUGCAUCAACUCAGACGCCAACGAUGUCAAGUGCGGAUAGAAAAACUAUUCUCCAGCAGUCAAAUUCGCUGCGAGCAUUAUACGAAGAGAUGAUCAAAGUGCUUCCAAAUCAAAAUCGGGGUCAGGAUUUGAUAGCAUUUCUAAUCAGCAACCAAAAGUCGUCCAAUAAUCGUCAAGCGAUCGCUAUUUUGAAUGCAAUGACGGAAGCUGGCUUUCUCAUUCCGCUUGCAGUCAAUUUUGCCUUGGUAAAUCCAGCCGAUUCCGAAACUGAAGAGAUAAGCAUUUUGGCCGAAUUUGAUGAAAGCAUGAUCUACAAGUUUCUAUGGAUGGACGACGAUGUUUCCCAAUCUGGUUCAUACGAGCUGGAUGUGGACUUUAAAUCCAGUUCAGUGCACCUAAUGCGACCAUGCGGCGAGGAAGAUGAGAGUCAAGAUAUAAUUCCUCCUACCGCUCCUGAUAAUUUUCAAAUCUACUCUAACUUCCGGGAGGUAGAGAUCGAAAAUUCUCUCAAUUUGUCGUCCGGCGCGAAAGCACUACUAGAGUCGUUCUGCGAGCAUGAGGAAAUUCUGCUGAGUCAAUUGCUUCGAAGCGAAAACCUAGAUCCUUCGUGGGCAAAAACCUUGAUUCCGAUUGCAGCUCGUGUGGCCAAUACCGUGAGACCACAGUUGUGUGGCUUGACAGAUGCGAUGGAUAUCAGAAAUUAUGUAUUUUUCAAAAAGUUGCCCGGAGGAAAACGGAAAGAGUGUCGGAUAUUAGGUGGUGUGGCCUUCACCAAGAACGUUGUUCAUCGCCAAAUGAUGUCACGUAUCGAAAAGCCGAAGAUAUUGCUACUCCAGUGCGCCAUUGUAUACCAGCGUGUUGAAGGGAAAUUUGUCAGUUUCGAUACGCUGAUGUUGCAAGAACGAGACUAUCUCAGAAAUAAGGUCACAAAAAUCCUAAGCCUCGGUCCAAACAUUGUUCUGGUGCACAAAAAUGUAGCUGGAAUAGCACAGGACAUGCUAAGAAACAGUGGAAUCACUUUGGUACUGGAUGUAAAAUUGUGUGUGAUGGACAGGAUUGCCCGUUGUUUGGAUUGUGACAUAUUGACAUCCAUAGAUUCCAAUGUUUGCCAGCCCAGGCUAGGGACAUGUGAUACAUUCCACAUUCAAACAUUCUUUGACGAGCAGGGAUCAUCAAAAACGCUUAUGUGUUUUGAGCGUUCGUACAGUCCUCGUGGCUGUUGUGUUCUAUUGCGAGGUGAUAGCAAAAGUGAAUUGGUGAAAAUCAAGAAAAUAAUAUCGUUGCUCCUAUUUGCUCGUUACAACUGGCGCUUAGAGUUGUCGUACUUGUGCGACGAAUACGCUCGACCUCCUUCUCCUAAAUCGAGUAUAUUUGAAUCUAAAGAGCCGAGUCCUUCCGAAGAAUAUAAAAUCAGCAGUGACAGCCUGAAGAAGGAUUCAAACGUUGCUAAGAAGUCCGACGAAGGAAACAAAAAAGUUAACGUCAACAUUGAAAACGUUCGUGAUUUUUCGGAUCCUCUCCGUGCUGUGGAUAUUUCACCGAGCGCUUUUGAAUCAGAAAGUUCUGUAACAUUGGCCGUGGAAACGCCUUUUGAUAAUCGUUUCAGAACAGCUCUCAGUAGCACUAUUUUAUCGGUUAGCCCAUUCUUAAACUUUCCACUGCCGUACUUAGAGACUGAAAAUGGUCGUAAAUGUGCUUUGCGUUGUUUCUUCCCGAACGAGUUGUAUUAUUCUAAACAGUGGAGUGUUCGGACAUUUGAUAAACAAGUAUCCAUCGAGGGAACCAUCGCCGAUCCAACUGAAACGGUCGAACUUUUGCCGCCGCAUGAUUUCACCAAGUACAGAAUUGUGUCUCCAGUAGAGAGUAAAGAAGUGCAAACCGUUCUUGCGAGUUUUCGAGCUUCUGGUGGGCGAUAUCCAAAACAAUCGCAAAUGCAAAAAUCAACGGUUCGUAAAAGACGCAUUACUACACUUCCGCAAAAAUCGAUCGAAGAAUACACUAACAAAGACGCUUUGGAUUUAGUAAAUCAUCAACAGUUACCUGUCUUAUUUUGCAGUUUCUAUUAUAAUCCUAAUGCGCCUUCAUCUUUUUGUGCACAACCUUCGUUUCUAAACAUGCAGUUUUAUGGGCAAAACGACAUCAUGCUUGGAGAGUUUUUAGAACGGUAUUGCUUCCGUAGUUCAUACAUCUGUAAAUCAUGCAAUUUGCCAAUGAUGGAUCACGUACGACGGUAUGUACAUUCAAAUGGCUGCGUGCAUGUUAAGUUGAGUGAAGAUGUGAGCAAAGUCGACACAGGAACUAUACUGAUCACUUCGAAAUGUACUGUUUGUAAUGAAGCAACCAAACCAGCCCCGAUGGCAAACGAUACGUGGUGUUAUUCGUUUGCAAAGUAUUUGGAAUUGAGAUUUCAUGGUCAUUCCUAUAAACGGCGAGAGAUAGAGAGUCACUGCAAAUGUGAUCAUUCUCUGCACCGAGAUCAUGUACAACAGUUUUCUUAUAAGGGAAUCGUUGCCAGUUUCAUGUAUAGUCCCAUUGAUGUAUGGGAAAUCAACUUACCUGCUAUGAUUGUUCGACUGAAAAAUUUGAAAACUUGUGACACACAGCAAAUUGUCGAGGAAGUAAAACAUUUCGCUAUGAAAGGAUAUGAAGUGUAUGCUAAAAUUUUCGACAAGUUGGCAGAACUAUCAGCUGACACGGAUACCUUUUCAAGACUGAAGAAAAAGGCUAAUCAAGACCAAGUCUACUUCAAACAACGCGUUGAAGCUGUGCAAACACUUUUGACAGAGGAGAUAGUUUCAUCAGAAUCUGUAGAAGAUGCAAUGUUGAUGCUUAAGAAAACGAUGGCUGAAACAAUAGAAGAUUGGGAAGCUAAACUGCAUGAUAUUACAGUCCAGAGCAAAUCUAAUCCAACGAAAUCCACAGUAAUGAGUAUUGAUAACGGCACCAUAGCUACGGAAUAUUUGGAUCUUGCUAAAGAUAACGACGCUAACCAAUCGAAUGUUACUGCAAUAGCGAGCGAAGUAAAUGCAGAAGCUUCUUCUCAAGAAUCAGUGGCGGAUGGCAUGAGAAUAGAUGACAAAAAUAUGAAAGAAGGAGAUCGAAAAAGUGUUAAAGGUUAUUUAAGCCACUUCUUGUCUUCCUCUGAAAACACACACUUUUUAAGUUCUCCGUUACCAAAUAACGAGCAUCAUUGCCUUAAAUGUGGAUUAUUUCCCGUUGUCGUUGUUGAUCAGGAUCUGGCUUCUUGUAUAGCUUACUGCUUAGUAUCGGUAGACUACAAAAAAACGUUAGACAAUCUCUAUUCUGGCAAUAUGAAUGAGCAAAGUCCUCAUCUAAAGCGCAAGUCAUUAGACGUGGGAUCGAAUCCUGAAGUGGAUGACUCUGGAUAUGCCAAGUCAGAUAGUGUAGACUGCAAGAAAAGUAAAAAUAAUUCGCAUGUGGAAGUUAAUUUUCAGGAUUCCUCUUGUAGUAUUACUUGUAAAGUGUACUACGCAAAGGAAUUCGACAGUCUGCGAUGCAAUUUACUUAAUGCGUCAAACGAGUCAGCUGAUUCAAUAAACAAAAAAACGACAUGCAGAGUACCAAGCGAUACAAGAAAUACCGAGGAAGAUGUCAACAUGAUCAGAAGAAUGUUCGCCCGAUCGCUUUGUCGGAGUGUGGUAUGGGAGGCACGUGGUGGUAAAAGUGGAUCGAAAUUCAGCAAAACCAUCGACGACCGGUUUGUGCUGAAAGAAAUGUCCAAAACGGAUAUCUCUAUCUUUGAGAACUUUGCGCCGAACUAUUUCGAAUAUUUGACGCAGUGCUCGACGAGGCAACAACCCACUUUGCUGGCUAAAAUUUUCGGGGUAUUCAAGGUUACGGUUCGAAGGAAAGACUAUACGGCCCACGAGAAAACUGUUUUGGUAAUGGAAAAUUUGUUCUGCAAUCGAGAAAUAGUAGAAAAAUUUGAUUUGAAAGGAUCGUUGAGGAACCGAAUGGUCGAUCCGAACAGACAGUCCGGCGAAAUAGUACUAAUGGAUGAGAAUCUAAUGCAAAUGUCUUGGACAAAUCCAUUGUACAUCUUAACACACAGUAGGACCGUUUUGAAGGACGCCAUAGAGAGAGAUUCUUCAUUUUUGGAGAAGAAUGAAGUUAUGGACUAUUCUCUGUUGGUUGGAUUAGACAAUAAAGAACGGUUACUAGUUGUUGGCAUAAUUGAUUACAUUCGUACUUUUACACUAGACAAAAAAGUUGAAUCUAUUUUGAAGCAAUCAGUAAUGAUGGGCGGAGGUCAUGGAAAAUUACCUACUGUAAUAAAACCCAAAAACUACAAAACUCGUUUUAUUGAAGCAAUGGACCGUUACUUUCUACCUGUUCCUGAUAGGUGGGAUGGCCUAACGAAGAACAGUUUUAUUCAAAAUUCAUCAUGUUGACACUGUACAAAAAAUGAGUUUUGAAUUGGUAUUUUAAGUUUCAUUUUGUCUUUAAAUUUAGCUAUUUAAAAAUAAUCAACUCUAUAUAAAAUAUACAUAUGUAUCAAUGUUUGUA